AUGGAGGAGUUCGGCGAUGAUUAUUAUUAUUACAAGAAGGACAUGCUGGGCCAUGGGGCCUUUGCCGCUGUUUACAAAGGAAGGCAGAAAUCGGUAAGUUUCUGCACUUUGCUUUUAUUUUCGUUGUUUUUAAUUUUUACGAAUUGUAUUUCUUCAGGACAAUAAAGAGAUUGCCGUUAAAGCAAUUCUGAAGAAGAAUCUGAAUAAGGCCAAAGAUCUGUUGAAAAAGGAGAUUAAGAUCCUCAAUGUAAGUGUAUAUUUAAUAUUUUCUUUAUUGCGAUUUAGGAGUUGAGUAGUCUCAAACACGAAAACUUGGUGUCUCUGCUCGAUUGUGUGGAGAACACGACCAGUGUGUUUCUUGUAAUGGAGUUUUGCAAUGGAGGAGACUUAUCCGAUUAUCUCCAAGCAAAUGGAGUUCUCGAAGAUGUUGUUAUUCAACAUUUCUUCAAACAGAUAGGUAAGAAUUUGAAAGAAUUUCUUGGAAAUUAUUUGUUGCAGCUAAAUCAUUGGAAGCAAUUAACAAAAAAGGAAUUGUCCAUCGAGAUCUCAAGCCCCAAAACAUUCUUUUAUGUAAUCCUCCAAAAAAGAAAGAGUUUUCUUACCAUGAGGUUGUCAUUAAGUUAGCUGACUUCGGGUUUGCCAGAGUGUUGGGUGAGGGAACCAUGGCCGGAACUUUAUGUGGGUCUCCUAUGUAUAUGGCCCCUGAGGUCAUUAUGAGUCAGAAGUAUGAUGCAAAGGCCGAUUUAUGGUCAAUUGGAACUAUAAUGUACCAAUGCCGAGUUGGAAGAGCUCCUUUCCAGGUUUGUUGUCGAGAUCUAUUUUUUCUUUACUAUUUUUUUUUAUUUUAGGCAAAAACACCCCAGGGUCUUCGCACUUAUUACGAAAAGAAUCGGGACCUUCAGCCCAAUAUCCCCCUAAAUUGCCCCGAAACGCUUAGAGAUCUCCUUCUUCGGCUCCUGAAGCGAAACGCUGUAAACAGAAUUGAAUUCCGUACGUUAUAAUCAAAUAUUAUCUAUGACUGUUUUUAGGUGACUUCUUUAAUCACCCCUUUUUCCAUGAGCCGAUUGUUGAAGUUUCGUCGAAGAGAGUCUUAGAACAGAUGUCAAGUCAAAGGGUACACUCUCCUGGGCCUUAUAGAAGGGCUCAGGCAGCAGAUACACAGAUGAAGAGGGUCGGUUCGGAACAAAUAAGUCACCGGAAUAUCCCUUCAUCUGCUAACCUCGCUCGUCCAUCAACAGUCGCUCGAAUUCAGCCAGCCACUUACACGACUAGUCCAUUAAAACGACGAACAGAACAGUCUCCAGCGAUGUUGUCUCCUAGAAUUACAGUACCCAGAAGUAUUGGAGGAGGACCAUCAGAACCGCUAAGGUCGAAUGAACCUCCGCCUAGACCUCCGAAAAAUUCUCAACAACAAAAUCAGAUGACGGAUUCGGGGGAAUUUACUUUCCUUCCUCCAUUAAAUCAGCCCAAUCAGAGACCUUUAUCACGACAAGGAUCGGCUUCUAACCGGUCUUUGGAACGUCAAGGAUCGGCCCAAUCGCAGACUCAUACCGCCAAUUCUAGGGCAGUCCCUGUUCCCAGCCAACGUCUCAAUUUUGCCAUUAUGGAACAAGAAAGACAGAAGGAACUGGCUAAUAAAAUACAAUCAACUGCCAGUACUGUAAGAAAGGUCGAGGCUUCUCACAGUGGUCAUGCUGCCGUUAACUUUGACGAGAUGGGUCCUCGGAUCGAUGAAGUAAAUCCCCCAAGAAGUAAGUGAUGUCUGUUUACCUUUUUAACGAUGAUCGUUAUAGCAAAAUAUGUUAUCAAAGAGUUGCCGAAGAGUCGAUUGCCAGCCCGGUCGGAAUCCCGACUUCGUAAGCCGCGUUCUUUGGUGUCUCCGGAAGAAGGUUCCGAGAACGCGGAACCGGUAAAAAGUCUCCGAUCAACGUCAAAGUCGGGUAUUCCAAGGUCCGACGGAGUCAGAAGUCCCAGCCCGACCAAACCAUCUGUUGAUAACAUCCGGUAUCUGAGCACAUCUCCUCUUCGUAAGCCCCAAACUUCCCUGAAAACGAGUCCAACGGAGAGCAAUAAGAAAAUGGAAGGGUAAGUUUUCAGAGGAGUUUUUGGUGGAAGGUGGAUGAGUUUUAUGUAAUUGUCAUGUUUUAGUGCUGCGGAUGUUGAGCCAGAUGAAGUUGAUGACAUGUUAAACGAGUUUACUGGAGCUGUUCCCUUUGCUUCAGGACUUUCGGUGGAGUCUUCGGACUCGCAAAUGGUUGAUAGUGUCUCGGGAGAUGAAAAUCAACAGCCAUCAACGUCGGCUGUUUAUGAUAAGCAAGGAAAGGAUGUCGAGGCGACUCCCCCCUCUUUGGCCAAUGGUCCUAGUUGCUCCAAGCUAGCAUCGGCCCCAUCGGCAGAAAAAGAUUGGGAUGAAGAAGGACCGGGAAGCUCGAAAGAAAAGCUUGAUCCAGUCAUCGAUGCACCUCCCGAACUUGAAGAUGAGACUUUGAUGGACGAGGAACACAAGAUGGUACUCACAAAGCUUAACUUCGUUCUGGAAUUAACCGAGACGUUGAUCAAUGUUGCCGAAUUCAAUGGAAGUACCAUUAGUUUUAAUAUGGAAAGCACGAAAAGAGCCGUAAGUUUUGUUUAGAAUCCCCGGAUUUCUUGUCUGUGUGGCGCUAGGUGGAGUUAGGAAUUAUUUUGCAGCGUGGCUUUUACCAUCUUCAUUAUCCAUCUGAAAAAAACGUGUAAAUUUAAAGGUUUUUAUCUGUAGUGAUUUGAGAACAUCUUCUAACAAAAUAGCUUCCAAAAGUUUAUUAUGAAGAUAUAAGGGAUGGUGACAUACGCGUCAAAUCGGGUGUCGUGGCCAUAAACGGCGAUUUCUUGUCUGUUAGGCCUCUAGAACGGAAAUGCGCAAUUCUUGUCUCAUUAUCAAAUUGCGUAACAAGGCGCAAUAUUGUACAAAUUUUUGCUCUUCCCGUGAAGAUUUUUUCUCUUUUCUCCAUCAAGAAAUUUGUCUAGGGGCCUAACAGACAAGAAAUCACGGUUUCUGGCCACGACACCCAUUUUGAUGCGUACGUCACCGUCCUUAUAUAUAUGUUUCAAACUGGAAAAACUCAAAGCUUUUUUGCUCAAGGCGGGGUUCAGACAAGUUUUGCGAUUUUUAUCUAAUUUUUGGACAGAAACCACGCAGAGCUAGCGGGCCCACAGACAAGAAAUUCGGGUCGGGUUAAAGUAGAAUACACACGCCUUAUAUUACAGAAAGACACAGCAAGUGACGCGGUUACGAAUCGACGGUCCGAACAGUUGGUGUUGUACAUAAAAGUGAUGCAUAUCAUUUCAUCGAGUCUUGUGAUGGCUCAACGACACCGAGAUUCCGCGACUCUUCAGCCAUCUCCAGCGGUUCAACAUGUCCUCAAUCAACUGAAUGACAAGUAUCAUCAGUGUUUGGUAAGUCUUUAAUGAGCAUUGAUAAUGAGUUUUACGCUUCAUGGAUGAUUUGAUGGCAUUUAUAUCAUUUUAGACUCGUUCUCAAGAGCUGGCUUCACUCGGAAUUUCAUCGAGCGCGGAUCCUUCAUCAACGGUUGUCUCAGCUGAACGGUUGAUGUACAAACAUGCCAUCGAGAUGUGUCAGUCGGCCGCUCUGGACGAGCUCUAUGGUAAUCCACAUCUCUGUCCAAGCCGAUACAAACAAGCAUACAUGAUGCUUCAUGUUCUUUCGGAACAAGUAAGUAUAAUAUUAUACAUAAUUUUGGAUUUUUAUUUCUUCAGAAAUGAAUACUAAAAUGUUUUAGGUACAAUCAGAUCAAGACCGAAGCAUUCUCGCCAAGUAUAAGGAUGCUGUUGAGAAGAGGCUGAGGAUUCUGGAGAAUCAAGGAUACGUCAUCUCAGUGUCCAACAAAUGA